AUGGAAGUUUUAACAAAAUCUUUCAUUCCAUUCUGGAUGUUUGUGUCUACUAUUUUCCAUAGAAAGAUGAAUGAAAUCAACAAAGAUAUAAGAUAUUUGCUUAAAUAUAUAAUUAAUAAGAGGAAAAAAGCAUUAAAGAUAGAUAAAUGUGCUAUGAAUGACUUAUUGACUGUUCUUCUUGAACCAAAUCACAAGGAGAUUGAAGAAAAUUAA